UUAUCAAAACUUAUCGUAGCUUUGAUAUUUCCGUUCACACCAUUGAAAACAUGUCUUUUCAUGACACCGUAGGAUUGUUACAAAAACCAGCAGUUAUUCAAGCCACUAGUAGAUUAUUACAGGAGGUUCGAAAAGCUUCUCCUUUAACAUGUGGUACGAACAAGUAUAAAAAUCCUGCUAGAGUGUUUUUAAGUGCUUACAUGAUCGUGUCCCAUACCAAGGAAAUUAUUGUCAAUAUCGGUCAUCAUGAAAGGAAUCUCUUGACGUCGGCCAAGGUUAUGUUGAGAGAAAUUGAACAAUGGUUCUAUGAAAUAAGCAAUGAUGGACCAAAUAAAAUUUAUUAUAGUCAUCUCCUCAGCUUUCUUUCUGCGUGGGAUACCUAUUAUAACAAUUUCAAUACUUGGAAAUCCAAGGAUAGUCAAAAACUCGCUAGUAAUCUUAUCGCACAUUAUAUGGAACUUGAAAAAUUGUGGAAUACAGUUAAAACACAGGCUAAUGCAGAAACCGAGUGGAGAAUGAAUAUUGUAUAUCAACAAGAGGAGAUUAGACAUAAAGUUAGGAACUUGGGUGGAGAUGAGGCGAUUUCCAAAUUGGAACGAGUAUUGAGAAGAUUAAAAGCAAAACUUCCAAAUGAAAGUGGCGACGAAACUAAAACAUCAGAUUCUGUUACUGGAACUAAUAAUGGGCAAGGGAAUGAAGUGAUCAAAGAACAAGAUAUGUCGAGUUCCCCACCGCGACAAAAAUUUGUUCCUUCUGCUUUGGCCACUAAUGUUCCUAAUAAAUUGGCACAGAAUUUAUCUCAAUCAAUUUCCAAAUCAUCUUCGCCCACGACUUCUUAUUUUACGUUUUCUCCUAGUACUAGUCCUCCGGUUUCUCCGUCGCAUUCUUCGACGAAUCUUCAUCGUAUCAUGCAAAGUUUGGGUGCUCAUGAAAGAUACGAUCUGACUAACGAGCAACUUGCACAUGAAAUUAUUAUUGAUCCCGAAUUUGAGCUACAACCUCCAAAGAGGACGGAAUUAGAAGAUCGUGUUAGAUCUAUGGCUACGAAGGCAUUCUUCGAUUCCGCUAGAACAGAUUUUGAAAAAGGAAAAUACGACAUUUGGAUUCCUAAUCUCCUCGGCGAUGUUAAAGAGCGACUAUUUGAUUUGGUUCCACCAUCUUCUCCGUUGCAUUCAUCCAUCAAUGAAAUCCUUGAUAUCGAUUUGAUUAAACAACAAACCAAAGCUGGUGUCUAUAAUAUUCGUAAUUGUAUUGUUUAUAUUACCAAUACUAUGUUACAAAUUUGUGCACCUGUCCGAGAUGAGCAAAUUCAAGAACUUAAAUAUGUAAAUGAUCUUGCAGAGAUUUUUAAGCGUAUAUUGGAAAUCAUGGAUCAAAUGAGGUUGGAUCUUACUAAUUACCGAGUUAAGGCAUUUAGGCCUUAUUUGAAAGAACAUGCUGUUGAUUAUGAAAGACGCAAAUUCGAACAGGCGUUGCAAUCUAAUCGUUUGACCCUUAACCAAACUAAAGCUUGGUUAACUCCAACUAUUGAUUCAUUGUUGUGUACAGUUGCAGAACGUAAUCCUGAGAAUAUUCAUCUCCCACAGCAUAAACAUAAUCAUGGUAUCAAAUUUGGUCAAGUAUAUAAUGAGGCUUUUGUCUCAUUUAUUUUCCAACAAUCAAUUAUUAACAAAAAUAAUUGUCCCGAAACAUUUAACCUUGAUGUUGAAAGGCUUUGGAAUUUUCAAAACGAAGGCCAGGCCAUUACUAUCGCGGCUGCACUAUUGAUUCUUACCAAGAACGUGGCUAGCGGUCAUGCUAACGCUUCAUCCACCGACGAUAACCUUACUAAAUUAAAGGAUACUUUUUUUGUAUUAUUGAUGGAUGGUGAUACUACUAUCGAUAACUUAUCUGCAGCGAUUUUAGAUUAUUUUCCAUCAUCUCUUUCUCCUGAAACUCAAACCCUAGUUAAGUCAAUGGUUUCUAAGACACUUUCCCAAUCUGACAAAGUUUUUUCAAUCUUGUCUCGUCGAAUUCAAAGUAUCAUUAAGCAACAUCUUCAGACAGGCCAAUUUCCUAAAAGCGAAACAUUGGCUCAAUAUGGCGUAUUUACUGUGUCGAAGGAAUUGGAACAACUUAGUAAGAAAAUUUGUGUUCUAGGAAGGUAUAAUCGUGAAGUUUAUGCUAGUUGGUAUGAUACUAUUAUUAAAGAAUAUUUGGAUGAUGUUACUUUGCAAAAUUCAGACAUUUACGUUCUUUGA